AAGUAGUACAAAUAUCAAUACUAAACUAUCUCAUAUAGAAGGUGUAAUUAGGCAACUGACCACUACACCCAAAUCAACCAAAAUAGAAAUUGAAACAGAUGUAAAGGACUUUUUAACAUCUAACAAAAAUAGAAUUAAUUUGACUCCCAUAAAAAUUACACAGGCAGCUCUAACUGCAGAAAUUAUCAACACUAUUAGCAAUAUCAAAUUAGAACCUUAA